AUGGUCUCCGCGAUUCAUAAAGAUGUGUUUGCGUUUGUAGGUGAAAAGGUCGAGCUUAUAAAAAAUUGGAGUGAUAAACGUCCUGAAGUGCCUCCAAAUCUUUACUCAUCAACAGCGGCGGGCGUUAAUUGGCCCGCCCCAGAAAGUAUGCCCUCAACCGCUGACUAUAAGCAGCAGACGGUGGAAGAUCAGUUGAUGACCACAAAACUAUGGAACAAGUUCGGCUUUUCUUUUUUUUUCUCGUGCAAUUCUAUAGCGACUUAG